AUGCUGUCCAAAUGGUCUCCUCUACCCAUGCUAGCUCAUGGAAGAAUCAUAAAAUCCUUUUUACCCCAAAACCAUCUCGAGAGACUACCUCCAUACUAUCAAAACCUAUAUCCUGGAGACGAAGUCUACAUCUUUGAAAUCAACGAUAAUUGGGCCAGAGGUUACUUGUUGGUCCAGCCUUUGCCCACUGACUUCAUUGCUGUUUCUACAAACUUGGAAAAACUACCUGACCAGAGAAUCAACGUCGUUAUCUUUCCCUUGACUCAUGUCAGAAUCUUGGAAAAGAUUCCAAUCCCUUUAAAUGGCGGUGGUCUAAAUGACGACCAAACACUAACUUACCACAUGAAACCCCCAUUACCUGCACUAAGACUAGAUUCUGGUGAUCUUUUGGAUGAAAUCACUCCUGCCAUCUCCCUCCUAUCCUCCCACAUCUACUCUCUCUAUUCUGUUGGUGAAUUCAACUUGUCUCUAAAACUAGGCAACCUCUACUACGAAUUGGACGAAAUCAGAAUAAAACUAAACUACAACCUCUGCACAAAAGCCGAAAAAAAUUUAGCAAGAAAAAAUGCCUCUCUCUUGCUAAGCAAAAUAGCUAAACUCCUCUCUUCAAAGGGUAUAAACAGAUUUGACAAAACAAACAGCGCCAUCAAAUACGAUGUCUCUGGCUACGAGGCCAUCAUGUCUAGAGACCCUCUUAAUGGUGACCUAUUCGACUACAACAAUUCCCUCCUCAAAUCUCAAGCAACCCCUGAUAUCAUAGCUUCAAAUCAACUCAUGUACGCUCUAUGCUCAAACUACCCAAUCUCUGACCUAGACCUAGGUUCUCUAAUCCCCCCUCCAAACAACAAAUUCGUUAGAGCCAUUCCCUCGCAAAUCUUGGUUGACUUCAAAUCCGUCACUGGCUCCUCAAAUCUAAAUCCAAAAGGUUUUGCUGGAAUGACUUGCUACAUGUACUUGAGAAACACAAGAAAAAGAUUGACUGAAGCCUUCGCUGUCAACAUCAACAACUCACAGGACUUUCUCCUAGAACACCUAUCGGCUGCUCUAUUCAGAAACAUCCCUUCAACUGAAAUCGAUAAAGGCAGAAUCUACCUUGUGGCCCUACUAACCGAAGAAAUCGACAUCAACAUCCUAAGAAACACAAACAACCAACCUAACUCUCUUCGAAGAAUCAGAAAGGGAAUUGCUGCCGGUGUUACUGACAUUUCAAGAAUCUUUUCUCGCCACAAAGGUGCUUUGGCUUCCGGUGAAUCUCACCAAUUCAUAAUCAAGCUAUUCGGUUCCUAUAUCAACCAAAAUGACACAAUGGCUUCAAAUGGUGAAACAAAUUAUGGCUGGGGUGAAUUGGUAGAUCGAAUCAUUAGAGGUUCAAAUAAAGGUGUUGCCGUUAACCCCAGAGCUGAAAGACUAAUUGUAUCCAUCAAAGAAUUCAAAAACGAUCUACAAACUUUCAUCAACGAUUUCGACACAAAUGGCCCAAGACCAAUCUCCCAAAUUAGAACAAUCUACUACGACCCUCUAGUUAAACCUUAUGAAAGAAUCUACUUGAGCCUUGGUAAAGCUCAUUUAAACCAAACUCUCCAUCAAUCCUUACCUGUAACAAUCCAAAUUUCAACCACUAAUCCAAGUAUUCACUUUACAAAGGGCACCAACGAAAAAAACAGAAAAAAUUGGCAAUUCGUCUCUGUCUAUUCUGAUGAAUCAAUCGGUGAAUUGAUCAAAAUCUCCGGAAUCGACGCUGGUUUAUCAAUCAAUGACACUGAAUACUUGACUUUUUUUGCCUAUAUAAACGGCGAAAUCGUUGCCGAUGGUAAAUUACUAAUAAGAAACAAAAACAAAAUAGUAGAAUACAAGAAAACUCACAUUGUAGAAUUAGCAAGCAUUCAAAAUUCUCACAACAUUGCCGUCACUUUUGAAUUAACAACCGAAUAUGUUGGAAAAAAUUACAAUAUCGAUCAUGCUAUUAAUACUCUAUUGAACUGGAAAACUCUUAUCAAUCUACCCUCAAAUGAAAGUAACUUGAUGACCAUCAUUACCAAAUUUAAUAUUUUAGACACUUCUCAAUUGAUCAAAUAUUUCCCUGAGCUAUUAAAGAGUCUUUUAGAAAUUUAUAAAGCUUCCGUUGACUUGAAUCUACCAAAUUUAAAUAAAACUAUUUUCGAAGCCAUUGUUCAUAUGCUAGAUUUUGUUGUGGCAAGACAAGAACAAUAUGUCUAUCUUUUUGAAGAUUUUGUUGACAAUACCAAAAACUUACCUUAUAUCGGUUUCCAUUUGCUAUCCAAGAUGGAAAGUUAUUUCUCUUGUUUUAAAACCUCAUGGGAAUAUCUUAACAGAUCCGUUUGUCGUGUAUCUACUUUGAUUCUAAGGCUUGCAAUCUUAACAACUAGUCAACAAACUGUCGAAAUAUUCAAUAGAUCUUGGAAUGAAUUUCUUGGUUCUAUUUCUUCUUUUUUAAACUCCAAGGAUAAAAGGUUUACCUCUGAUCAAUCAUCCGUUUUAGAAGUUAUCGACUUAUGGCUAUUAAGCUUAAGAGCAAUAUUCAUUGACGAAGAUAUCUUGAAUUUCGGUAUCAUUUUAAUUGACUCGGUUGGAAUUAGAGGUUUAUCAAAACAAGAUGACUUUUCAUCAUCUGCACCAUCAAUGGGUCUCACAACUAAAAGAAAUGACAAGGUCUUUGGUUUCAUCAUAACAAAAUUGCUAUUAAUUCGUCGUCUUUUACAUUCCUGGUUUGUUGAAAAUCAUAAAUGUCGUGAUAGAUUAAUUAUUACCUCUAUUAAUUGGGCAAUGGAAGUUUUAUUAGCAAACACUGAUGUAGAAGCCGCUAGGUUAGCUAAUGGUAUUUUAAUUUCCAUCUUGCGUUUAACUUGGGAUAUUGUCAAGUCAAAUAGAACAGAAGAUCUUUAUCUUUGUCGUGGUGUUUCUAGAUUAUUACCUACAAUUUGUGAUAUAUUAAACAACUAUAACAAAUUUGCUAGAACACAUUCUUUAUUCAAGCCCAAGAGAACAUUUACACCAUUAUUUCCAUCUGAUUAUCCAUUCCCUGAAAUUACUAUGGAUUCAAUUGUCAAUGAUGAGGUCUUCGUUGAGGUUUUAAUUGAAAUGAUGACCAUUUUUUCCUACUUAUCAAAGAUUGCUAGAGUUAUUGCGGGACCAAAAGGAUUUCUCUCUAUUCUUGAAGAAAGUAAAGCUGACACAAUGUUUGUUUCACAAUAUUUUGUUCAAAAGAUCACCAAACAACACAUUUUGUCUCUUAUUAAUACUGCCAAGUUAUUAAUUUCCAGUAAGUGUUAUCCAGCGUCAAAAUGGUUAUCGUUACAUGCUAUGGUAAUUGAAAGUGCAGUUUCAAGUUUUGAAUUAGUUAAAUACAUUAUGGAAAUCGAUUAUAUACCAUCAGUGGAUGAAAUGGAGCAAUUUGAUAGGUCAUUGUGGGGAAAUUUCUUAAAAACAUGUUUGAAAUUUGCCACUGCCAUGCCAUCAUCAAUUUGUCAUUUAGCUGAAGUUCCAAGAAAGGCCUGCUGGAAAAUAACAGGAGAUGUUCGUAAUAGAUGUGCGUUAUUGAUUAAUGAAGUUUGGGAUGCAUUGGCAUGGGAUGCAUUGGAAGAAGAUAUAGUCAGGUUUCAAUUAAAGAAAUUUGGUGGAUAUCAAGUUGAGUUUAUUAAUUUUAAUUAUGGUGUUUUACAAGAUCUUAUGUUAUUUUGUAUGCAAAGACAUUCCAAUUGUCAAAUUCUAGGUGUCAAGAUGUUACAUACUAUUAUUAUUUCUGAAUGGUUACUAAAUGGGAAUUUUAAUGAAAUUGAAAAAGAAUGUAUUCUUGGAUUUUAUGAAAUAUUUCAUAGUAAUAAGUAUAAACCAGGGCAAUAUGAAGAAAGGAAUUUCAUUAGAAGAUUAAAAAUGUCCAUUAAGAUUGACCCUGAAGAUGAGGCAUUUCCAGCAAUUGAUGGUUUAAUUCAAAAUUUAUCUGAAUUUUUAGAAGUUUUGAAUGAUUUGGAAAAUGUUCCCGAAGGACCAGAAUUUGAUGAUGAUAGAACUUUCCAUAAGAUUAAUAUUAAUGGAUUUUUGAAACAUGUUGAUAAACCAGAAUUAUUACAUUCAUUUAUUAAUGAAAUGGUAGAAGACAAUUUAAGUAAGACAAAUUUUGUUCAAGCGGGAUUAAGUUAUCAAUUAUUAGCAUCCACAUAUAAUUGGAAUUUAGAUGAUAAAUUGCCAUUAUGUAUUAAGCCCAAAUUCCCAUCUCAGUCGUCAUUUGAAAGAAAAGAAACGUUGUAUAAAAUGAUUGCAGAGAAUUUUGUCAAAGGAAAUGCAUUGGAAAAAGCCAUUGAUAUUUACAAAGAAUUAGCACAGGCAUAUGAUACUAUUUCAUACGAUUUCAAGGGGUUAUCAUAUGUUCAUGAAAACUUAUCCAAGUUGUAUUUAUCAUUGGAGACAGUUGAUAGAUUGACACCAGCCUAUUUUAGAAUUUCAUUUAUUGGAUAUGGAUUUCCCAAGUCAGUUAGAGCAAGGCAAUUUAUUUAUGAGGGAUUACCAUUUGAACAUAUAACGUCGAUUCAUGAUAGGUUAUUGAGAUUACAUCCAGGUGCUACAAUUAUAUCUAAUGAUGAAGAGGCAAAACAAUUAUAUGAAGUAACACCAUCAGGUAGGUAUUUGCAUAUUACAACAGUUGAGCCUCAAAUGAAUUUGCCGGCCAAUGUUUCCGGGUUAACAGUUGGGGCUCGAUUUUAUUUGGAAAACCGAAACUUGUGUCAAUUUACAAGUGCAAGAAGAUUACCAGGAUCUACAUCGGUGAUGGAUCUUUGGGUUGAAGAGACUACAUAUGAGACAUAUACCACGUUCCCAACAUUGAUGAAUCGAAGUGAGAUUAAGAGGGCUAUUAAGGUGAAAUUAUCGCCAUUGCAAAAUGCAUUGAGAAGUUUAUCAUCAAAGACACAAGAGUUGAUUUCGCUUGAAAUCAUGGCUAAUAAGGCUAUAAAGGAGAAAGAGGAUGUGAAUUCUAUAUUUGGUGAGUUAUCCAGACAAUUGGCAGGAACGAUUGAUGCGCCAGUUAAUGGAGGGAUUGGACAGUAUAGGGUUUUUUUUGUUAAUGAGAAUUUUACAAAGAACUCUCAAUAUACGAGUCAAUUGGAAUCAUUGAAGCAUUCGUUUGGAGAAUUAGCUAAUACAAUCCAAAGAUGUUUGGUAAUCCAUGGGAAGUUGGUUCCAGUUUCGUUACAAGAGUCGCAUUUAUCAUUGAUUAAAUUGUUUCAAAAGAAUUUUGAAGAAGAGAUCAAUUUAUUAGCAGAAUUUAAUAGCCAUCAUCCAAGUGCUAAUAUCAAGUCGAAUAGUGCUGUAAAUGGGGGUGGAGUUCAUUCGGGGUCGAUUCAAAUGUUGGGAGGACUCAGUGGAAUGAGUAGUAUGAACGGUAACGGUAUUAAUAAUGGUGUCAAUAGCAGUAUUAAUAAUAUUGGUAAUAACACUAAUGGGAUUAAUUCAUUGAAUGGGAUUUCAGUAAUGAAUGGAAUUAAUGGGAUUGAUUAUUUGAAUAAGAUUGCACCUACAGAAUCUAUAAUGUCUACUACAACUGAUUCGACUGGGAGUCGUUCUACGACAUCGGGAAGUCAUAAGAGUGCCAUAGCUAAAAGAACAGUUUUGAAUUGGAGACAAUCUCGUAAUAUAACUGAAUGA